UUGUGCUUGCGAGGAAGUAGUUGAUUGGAGAUACGAGGUACGGCCACAUCGUGUCAGACAGGCAGUUACGGCUCGGCUGUCGUUUUCGUUGGAUCAUCUGGGUGAUCUUCUUGUUCUUGCUAGGUCGAUUCAACCCCGAUCCUGAUCCCGCGAUUAAUUUCUGCGGGUACGCUCGCACGCAGGCACGCACGCACGUGGCCUUAGAGUGGUUUUUGAGCCACUGAGACGCUCGACGAUAUGAACUUGGUUCUGCUCGCUUGGCUCAUUGUCGUGAGCGCUUGUGAAUUCCACGUUUAUCGAGUACCCACGUGAGAAGCGGCGAUUAAGUUUCUCGGCGAGCGAGGUAGCGACCGAACGAGUGCAGUCGACGAUGAUGCAUCGCUCAUGACUCCUAAAAUCUUGGGACUGAUUGUGAGUGCUGCCUCGUGUGCACAGAAAUCCACAGAAGAAUUGACCAGGUGCAGCACGGGAACGCUGGCGGAGGGAGCCGUACAGAAUACCGGUAACGUAGCGGCGACUCGUACCGUGUCCGAGAAGAUCAUGAGCGUCUGUAGAAAAGCCAUACGAUGGAUGUACAUGCUGGAUUUGGCUCUGGCAUUAUCAGUAACAGCGUUCCUCGGGAUUCUGGAGUUCAAUGUAGGGCCGCAUCAUCAGAUUGGCUUCUUCUGCAAUGACCCGAAGAUCUCGUUCAAGUUCACGGGCGAUACGAUCUCCAUGGGCCUACUGAUAGCUUGCAGCAUUAGCCUACCAGUAAUAGUGAUGGGAGUCGUGGAAUACAUCUGUCAUGCUGCCGACAGUUACGUGUUAAAUUGCAAUGGCAGUAGUACUAGGACUCGACAGAUCGGAUCUUGGUAUGGCCACUAUGGCAUAGGACUCGCUGCGCUCACGCUCGUCUGCGACAUCAUGAAAGUCCUGAUCGGCGAACCGCGGCCACACUUUCUCGACACGUGCAAGCCGCAGGAGGCGGUCAACUGCACCGAUGAAUACUUUACUUCUUACACAUGUACGAAUACUGAGUAUUCCGAUUGGUACAUCAAGGAUUCCAGCAAAUCCUUUCCCUCCGGUCAUUCAGCCCUUUCUGUCUAUACGAGUAUUUUUAUAGUGUGGUACCUCCAAAAUCGCCUACCAAACCGAACUCUCUUCCUGAAACCGUGGCUGCAAUGCUUAGCGGGCAUGUGGGCCGUGGUGUGUUCAAUGACCAGGGUGGGCGAUCACCGACAUCACUGGUGGGACGUGCUCGCUGGAAACGUCGUCGGGCUUUUGUUUGCCCUGUUUAUUGUGGUGGUAUCCUGUCGACACUUCCGUCUCAAGCGUGCCGCGAAUGUCACCGCGGCGACACACACUUUCAACGAAUCCCUGGAGAAUGGUCAGAUCGUCAACUUUGACAAGCCGUGCAAGCACAGUGUCAAAAAGCUACUCAAUCCUGCUAUUGUCGAUGCCUCGGAGGGCCGGGAAAUGAAGGACAUUGCAACUUGGAAGGAAUGAAACAUCAAUUGCUGCGUGAUUGAAUCACUGGCUGCAGAAAGGAUUUUUUCUCCAAAAACGUUGCAGAUAAAUUUCCGUCGUACCUAGUCCUUUCUUAAAUAGAUACGUGCUUGUAUGUGAGAAAAGCUAUGUCAUAAUCAUGGAUGAGAAUGGAGGGUUGAUAAUAUUCAUGAUAUCGUUUUUGGAGUAAUGUUUUUUCUGUCGUGAUCGAGGAACGUGUAAGUUAGAGGCUUCCCUCUCUAGCAUGUCGCGUUGAGACGCUCGAGAUUUAUUUUUGUAUUAAUUUACACACUGCUCAGUUUAAGAUAGUCGAUUCUAUUAUUAUACAUUCCGCCGAAGACACACAUAUCAAGAAUCGUAGAAGUAUAUAGAUUGCGAGGCUUUCUUAGGUGUGAAGCGACACUUGAAUCAAAAGAAAAGCUGAUAAAUGCGGGUAAUUAGCAUUCAUUUUUAACUAACUUGCGUCUAAUAUAUAACGUAAAAAUGCUUGUCAGUUCUAAGUUUUUUAAUGCCUGACAUGUUGCAUUUGUUCUUAUCAGUAAUGUAGCCUAUCUCUUAAACUCCUGCAAUAAUUACGGUUAUGUAUUAUAUUUAUGUACCACACACUUUAAUAUUCUGAUGUACUGUCAACAUGAACAUUCAGAUAAGAGAAAACAGUCUCGCAUAAUUUUUUAUUGUACAAUUUCAUAGUCUAAAGAACUCAAGAAACUAAAAAAAAA